CGAUACAAAUCACAACAUUCAUCAUUCUAAUACACAAAUAAAACUUAUUUAGCUAUACUUUUAUAAAAAGCCAUUCAAAGUUGUUAGGGGAUUUUUUUGGGUUGGGAAAAUUAACUUUUGAUUUGAGGAUUUUUACGGAUGGGAAAAUACUGCCAAUUCUUACUAGAAGAAAUAAAAUCAAGCUAAAAAUAGAAUCAAAUAUGGAUAUGGAGCAUCAAGAGCGCGAAAUUGAGCAUUUUGGAUUCUCUAGUGAGCUCGCAUCGCUUGAAAGAAAUUACUAUGUUAAGAAAAAUAUCAACACAGCGUUGGACGGUGUUAUUAAAAAAGCAGAGUGCUCUGAGGAGACAAACCAAUAUCUUCUAAAGAUAAAAGACGAGGUGUUAAAAAAAAUUUGGCUUUCUAUUGAGGGUCACAUGAAGGCGGCCGAGGAAAUGGAUAAAAAGUAUUUCUCAGUUCCCGAUCAUGUACUUUUACCUGCCUAUUUUGACCAUGUCAAAACAUACUCACAAGCUGAUGAAAAGAAUAUUGACGAUGAAAUUGCUUCCCAUAAGAAGAGAUUCCUUGAGAAUUCAAUAAUGAUAACUUUGUUGAAGAUGGAGAAUAGCCAACACAAAAAAUUCAUUCCCUUUUUGGAUGAAGAGCUGAAUAUACAAAAUGCACUGAAGGAAAGCUUUAAAAAUUUGAACAUGAAUGCAUUAAAUGAUCUUGUGGAUAAAACGCUUGCAUUUGGCCAAAUGAGAAAAUAGUAAUACAUCUUAAAUGUUGGGUGGGUAUUUUAUAUUGAAUUUAUUAAUAAAUCGCUGAUUUCUUAAUUAACAAUGUAA